AUGACAUUCUUCUGGCAUUUUCCAUUCGGUAAUAUGACAUUAACUCUUCAAUCCGAACAGAAGCAAUCAUUUUUAUUACGCUUAUCAAGAACAUCUUUAUUAUCGAACAACUUAAUUAAACAUGUUUAUCACUUGAUCAAUAAUCGAACAAUUGACGAGCAAAUUAUUUAUCAUGAUCGUUCGACCGGUUCCAUCACACUCUAUUCCGACCAAUAUCAUCAAUGUUCAAUGAAAUUCGAAGCGAGAAAUGAAAAUAUUUUUCACUAUGGUACAUUUAUUCGAAUGACUGCUCUAAUUGAUAAGACGAAUUAA